CCACUUCAUAGUUUAGACUUCUCAACCCAAGUCGAUUACCAUUCAUAAGUAAGGCCUUUUACUCUCUCUCUCUCUCUGAACCACCCUUCUCCUUCUCUUUCUUUGCCUCUCUCUCUUUAUUUCGGUCUCUCUCAAUAUAGUUGUCAAUACAUCACAACAAUUCAUUCAUCACUGAGUUCAGAUCUAAUCAAUCCCAAGUCUCUCCACUAUGGCUGAGAAGGUCACAACAAUGGUGUUGAAGGUUGACCUUCAGUGCUCUAGCUGCUACAAGAAGAUCAAGAAAAUUCUUUGCAAAUUUCCUCAAAUACGAGAUCAGAUUUAUGAUGAGAAGCAAAAUACGGUGACGAUCGUCGUAGUAUGCUGCAGUCCUGAGAAGGUUCGUGACAAAUUGUGUUGUAAGGGUGGGAAGACAAUCAAGUGCAUUGAGAUCAUAGAGCCUCCAAAGCCCAAACCCCCUGAAAAGCCCAAGAAGCUCGAAAAGCCCAAAGAACCUGAAAAGCCCAUACAGACUGAGCCCAUACAGACUCAGCCCAAAGAACCUGAAAAGCCCAAGGCGCCUGAAAAGCCCAUGGAGCCACCACUAGCUUUUCCCGUGAAACCCAAAGAGCCACCAUGUCUCCCAGCUUUUGUACCAGCUUUUGUACCGGUUUGCUACCCACCGAUGUAUCCGGUUGGGAUAUGUUGUGGGCAAUGCUAUGAGGGCCGUACUGAUGGGCCAUGUUAUCAUGGGCAUAGAAGGCCAGUGCCACCCUAUGAUAAUUAUGGAUGUGAGCCUUCUAGUUGUGGUGGGAAUUGGAAUUGUUACACUAGUCGGUGUGAUUACUUUAGUGAAGAAAAUGCCUCAGGAUGCACAAUCAUGUAAUGCUAGUGCUUUGUCAUGUACAAGAUUUUUUAUUCCCUUGCUUAAAAAUUGUUCAAUUAGUUUUGGGUGUAUGUGGGUUUUUUAUGUAAAGGUUUUUACAUAUAUAUAUGUACAAUAAAGGAUCAAUAAUGAGGUUGGUAGUCUAAUGUUUGUGGCCUAAUGGUUAUUGACAUUGAGGUCACAUAAGAUGUUGUAUGAUUUGUCAUUAUAAUAAAAAAAAAAAGUAUUCAUUAAUCA